UUUUCCUCUGCUUCUCUUGCAUUUUUCUCGCGAGGCGCGGAGGAGGAAGAAGAGCAGGCCUGCUAUCGUUGUCUUUGUCUGCCAUUAGCAUUUUCCAUUGAUUUGUUGGGAAUAAUCUCCUGCUCAGAUAAAGAUGGGGCUAUCCUUCACGAAGCUCUUUAGCCGUCUAUUUGCAAAGAAGGAGAUGCGGAUUCUGAUGGUUGGUCUUGAUGCCGCUGGUAAGACUACGAUCCUUUACAAGCUGAAGCUCGGAGAGAUUGUUACAACCAUCCCAACUAUUGGGUUCAAUGUUGAGACUCUUGAGUACAAGAACAUUAGCUUCACUGUUUGGGAUGUUGGUGGUCAGGAUAAGAUCAGACCUUUGUGGAAGUACUACUUCCAGAAUACGCAGGGUCUCAUUUUUGUUGUUGAUAGUAAUGAUAGAGAUCGUGUUGUUGAGGCUCGAGAUGAGCUGCACAAAAUGUUCAAUGAUGAUGAACUGCGAGACGCUGUCUUGCUCGUGCUUGCGAACAAGCAGGACCUACCGAAUGCUAUGAAUGCCGCUGAAAUUACAGAUAAGCUCGGUCUUCAUUCACUUCGUCAGCGACACUGGUACAUCCAGAGCACCUGCGCCACAUCCGGUGAAGGCCUGUAUGAGGGGCUCGAUUGGCUUUCCAGCAACAUUGCCUCAAAGGGUUGAUAAAUCAGAUUACAUAUCAGGAGCACAUCUAUGCUGUACAUGGAUUCUAUGGUUGAAAGACGUGGAUGGUUUGAUUUUUCAGACUUAUUCAUAUGUUAUUUGUAUCUUUUGUUUUCAAUAGAAUAUAAGGAGAAAUUUUUUUAUUCUAAAUAUGUUUUGGUUGCCUUGUAAACUUAAAGUAUGCCAAUUGUCUUCAAAGGUUUAUGCAGUGAUUGAGAAAUUAUUGUGUACGCAAUCCAAACGCAGAGUAAGGUUCGGAUGCUGCAUAUUUAUUGCUUAUUUUAUUGCGUAUUUUUUGAUACAUAAUUGUUUCUACGUAUUUUAGCAGCAAAUAAAUAAUACUCACUAAAUAUGUAAAAAAUACGUAGAAAAAAUUAUGUAUAAAAAAAUACGCAGUAAAAUAAGCAAUAAAUACACAACAGCCGAACCUUACUCUGCAUUCGAAUUGCGUACAUAAUAAUUUAUAGCUUUGUUGA